UUGAUGAAAGUAGGAAACAGAGCAGAAGAAGAAGAAGAAAACAACACGGAGAGUUGGUUGUCUGUUAACAAGGUUGCACCUUUAUCUUUCAGGUGACUCCCGUCCACCAUGUGAGCUGAGUGAAAUCAUUUUGACACUUUAAAGUGACUCGUUGUACCUGAGUCUUUCUGUGAUGAACGCCAGUCUCACUUCAGUGGGAAACUGUUUGCUGCUGAUUAUGGAUUUAGGAAAUCCGGUUCUGUAAAACUCAAGCUUUGCAGCUUUUCAUUCUGGCAUCUGUACGGAACAUGGAGAAAGAAACGGCUGAGAAAGAGAUGGAGGAUGAGGAGGUCUCUAAUAGCGAUUUGGCCUCAGAAGCCAGAGAGGCCGAUGAGCACAUGCAGGAUGACAUAACAUCCCAUCCUAAAUCUCAGGAAACUCCAAAUUUAUUCACUGAACAAGACUCUGAAGGUGAUGAAGAAGCAGAAGAUAAUGAAUCCACAGAGGCUAAAGAGGAUAUGGAGGAGGUUCUGGAUGAGUUUGAGCCCGACAGGAGGGAAGAUUAUGAGAACGCGCAGGUUAUAAAUCAAGAAGAGGAUGAAGCUGCAAAGGAGCAGCACAUGAAUGGAGAGUCUGGCUGGAGGAGCAUUGGGAGUGGAAAGAGGUGCAAAUUAAAAGGCGGUGGAUCCUUGUUUGAGCAAAGCGGUCAGGGUGCAUUUUCUUCCUUUCAGAGAGGCAGUGUUAUGUCAGGCGGCAGUCGACACAAGCAGACUCGCAGACGCAACCAUCACCACCAUCUGCAGAGCCGGGGUCGCAGGAGGACGGGCAACCAACUUUUCUUAGCUUUCAAAGAGAUGCUUUCAGAAUCUCUCAGCUUCUGGUGCAUCUCAUGCGUCCACAUGUUGAUUGAGAUUAUUGUAACUUUAACACACAAUUGUGGAGUAGGUGUGGAGAUGGGAGUUGUGAAAGUUUGCAACUUUGGGCAGCAGCUUUUAAUGAAGAUCAGCGAUGUGCCUGGAAUGAAAGCAGAUGUCAGCCGGGUGUUGAAAUGGAUCAAAUCCACAGGAAGUGACUUUGUGGACAGAACUGCGAGGUUUAUGAAGUGGGUAAAGUCAGCUGUCUUGACUUGCUUCGGACUUUCCUGCGCUUUAGUGAUUCUCAGCUUCCAGUGGGCAAAGAGGAUGGUGGUCCGCAUUGGCGGAGAAAGGGGGAAACGCUAUUGGACGGUCUUUCAGGAGUCAAGGUUUUGGAAGAGACUGCUGUCCCUGCUGGACAGAGUCCGGAGGAGGUUCAGGAGAAGUGCUCACACUCCUCCGUAUUCACCCGAGUCACCCGGCAGAGCAGGAAGAGGGGAGCCAGUCCAGGAGCUGGAACGACUUUUGGCUCUGGCUGAAGUACCAGAGGGCGAGCUUGACCCGUUUACAGUGCUGGGUGUGGAGGUCCACGCCACGGAGACGGAGCUGAAGAAGGCCUACAGACAGCUGGCUGUCCAGGUCCAUCCAGACAAGAACAAACACCCACGAGCUGGAGAGGCAUUCAAAGUUCUGAGGGCGGCCUGGGAUAUCGUCAGCAACCCUGAAACACGACGAGAGUAUGAGCUGAAGCGCAUGGCAGCAACCGAGCUCUCCAAGUCAAUGAACGAGUUUCUCACUAAGCUGCAAGACGACUUGAAGGAAGCCAUGAACACUAUGAUGUGCACAAAGUGUGAAGGCAAGCACAAGCGGUUUGAGAUGGACCGAGAACCCGCUGAAGCCCGCUUCUGUGCUGAAUGUAACCGUUGCCAUAGCGCUGAGGAGGGAGACCUGUGGGCCGAGUCGAGCAUGUUGGGCUUACGCAUCACGUACUUCGCUUGUAUGGAAGGAAAAGUAUAUGAUAUAACAGAGUGGGCCGGCUGCCAAAGAAUAAGCAUUUCCCCCGACACGCACCGUGUACCGUAUCACAUCUCCUUCGGUUCAAAGAACAACAGCAACGCCACUCGACACAGAACCCCCUCAGAGCACGCCAGUGGACCUUCGAACCCGGCCGACCUGCAGGACUUCUUCAACAGAAUGUUUAARGGCGGACCGCCCAGUGACAUGAGCGCCAAUGGGAGCUUCUUUCCCUCAGGUCCGCCGCCUCAUCACCCGCCCGGCGCCGGAGCGAGCCCCUUCCCCCCUGCCCCGGGUCAGACAGGUUUCUACAUGCCGGGGUCGCAACGGCCUGAUUCCAACGAGUCUUGGGCCGAAAGCGGCAAGCCCCCCAGAAGGAGAAAAAAGGUCCGCAAACCCUUCCAGAGGUGAAGUCUGUUUACUUUGUGUCAAAACAGCAUCGUGUGUGGGGGUGGGGGUGGGGGGCACACAAUAAACACAGGGCCAUGCUUGUCUCUCACCUGCCUGUUGGCGUGCCAAGAUCUGAGAGGAUUCGUGAGUCUGAGGAGUCAGAUCAGCCAGAACAGAGACUGAAGAGGAACCUUUUGAGUGAGAGUAUUUAAAGCUGAAGAAGUGGCAGUGACGGUGCUUUACCUUUUUAUUUCACCUUAAUAUGUUGUCAGUCUUACAGAUGACUGUAGCCUUUAAAACUGAAGUCCUAACGAUGCUGUAACAAAACUGUUUGUUUUUAUAACUUCCUGCCAAAUCCACCGUCGCAUGAUUUAUUUACUUUAACGCUUCAGUUUUCUCACUAAUGUUUUGUACAAGUUGCGGUUGAUGAGAGGCUUACGUUUGCUGAGAUUUAUCGCUCGCUAUUCCAGAGAAAUGAAGAUAAGAAUCUGGGCAGCUUCACUGUGUCAGUGUUUGUGUGUGAAUCUGCUGAGUUGAUCAGAACCAGCCAAAGCAGACAAGUCUGAACCACACUGACAAUGACUCAGCAUUAAUAGCGAAAUUCACAAGUUUUUACGUUCAGAACAUCGUUAACAUUUCUUUCAUUUUGCUUUUGCUCUCGUCGGUGAAAUCACCUAAAAGCACCUCGUUUAUGCGAUUGCAAGUAAUUAGGGACUAAAUUAGCAUCUUUCUUGGGCGGUGCAACGAUUUUGUUGGUCUUGCUGGUGUUUCCAAAAAAUUUUAUUCAACAUUGCUUAAAAGAUAAAACUGCCUUGUACAUUUCUUUUUCUCUUUUCAGUAGAUAAAUGUAGCUUUUUUAAUGCGAUCUUUGUCUUUGCCUUUUUUUUUUGUUACUUUAAAAACCUUUUAAAUGAUGAAACACUUCUAUCACUAUAAUCAGGCUUAAGUCAUCAUUUAAACUAAAAUUUUAAAUUAAACUAAAUGAGAAUUGUGACAAACUUUAAAGAAAAUAUAAAAGUUUUACAGAUUUGUAAAGCUGCUUGAACUGUAAAGGUUGAUAUCUGAUAGUUAUAAAUCAGAAGUAAAGCUCAUGAAUGUUUUUUGCACUAAUCUGAUCUUUGCUGAAUGUUCUCUUUUCUUUGUGAGCACUAUUUAGUUUUUACGCUAAAACACAAGAUUAAACAAAGCAAAUUGUUUUAUUGCUGCUGCAGCUGAUUUUCAAACCCCUGUUAUUCUCCAAAGUCCAGCUUGUUGGGUUCAAUUCGUUCCAGACGUUUCCAUCAGUUUCUCAUGUUGUGCUACAAAUGCUCAUUUAACUCCCAGUUCAUGUGGUUCAGAUUUGAAUUGUCACGGGUUUGCAGAAAAUUUAAUGGAAAUCCUGAUUUAACCAGUGUUCAAUUUGAAAUCUUGAAGAAUUUUUUUUUUUGCCUAGAAAUUACUUUGAUUUCAAGUGCAGCUUCCAUAAAGAAACAGCUGCUGUUUAUGUUUUGGCUUGAGGAUUUGGAGAGUUUAACGAUGAGGAAAUUGUUAUGAGGCAUUGGAUAAAGGGUAUUUUUUUUAAUAUAUUGGCAUUUGCUCAGAAGUUUUGUUUUUUUGUGUGUUGUCCUUUUUUUUGUCUUAAUUUGCACACCCACCACUUUCAUGAACAUAAGAGGGAUUUUGAACUGUCAUCAGCGAUUUAGCCAAACCAGACUCCUCCAGCUGCAGCUGAGUAGGAGGUGUAGCUCACUAAGCUAACAGCUCACUUGCAAAUGAAGAUAUUUGUGUUGGUCAAAUCCCAGAAAAUAUCUUCUGCUUGCACAGCCAUUACACUCGGAGCAAAACACGGUAACGUUAUUGUGAUAUUUUAAGGCACAAAGUGUUGCAAAUGGUUGUUUUGUUGCUCGUUGAAACUGGAACGCUUUACUUCUCUUUUGUAUUUGGUCGGUUUCCCAGACAUGAAGUGAAUUAGUAAAAUUUGAAGACAAAUCAAUCCAGAAUUGAGUUUGUUUUUGCACAAUUAAAGCGAUUGCCACAA